AUGAAGAGUGACUGGGUUCUUGCCGUCCCCGUUACUCAGAUGGUGUCCAAAACUUCAAGAUUUACUGAUUGCUCAGUGGAAGCUUUGGUUAUUGAGGCAGAGAAAGACAAGGAUACUGUUUUGGUCCAUGCUGGAAUGGAAAUGGAUUCGUCGCUUCAACUGUUUCCGGAAAAAUUCCCAGAGAAGUAUUUUGAUGUUGGAAUGGCUGAACAGCAUGCUGUUACAUUUUCUGCAGGUCUGUCAUUUGGAGGCUUGAGGCCAUUUUGCAUAAUUCCUUCUGCUUUUCUGCAGAGAGCUUAUGAUCAGGUGAUCCAUGAUGUAGAUCAACAGAGGAUUCCAGUGCGUUUUGUCAUUACAAGUGCAGGAUCUGUAGUGUCUGAUGGUCCCACACAAUGUGGGGCAUUUGAUAUUACUUUCAUGUCAUGUUUGCCAAACAUGAUUGUCAUGGCACCAUCUAAUGAGGAUGAGCUUGUGCACAUGGUUGCGGCUGCUGCUCAAACUGAUGAUCGGCCAAUUGGAAAAAGCCUCAAAGUUCUUGUAGAGGGUAAAGAUGUUGCUUUGCUUGGCAUCUCAGGGAGCUUUGUCAAAAACAUACUUCUUAUCACAGUUGAGGAAGGUUCUAUUGGAGGAUUUGAAUCACAUGUUUCACAGUUUAUCGCUCUCGAUGGACAGCUUGAUGGUAGAAUUAAGUGGCGACCAAUUGUUUUACGAGACAAGUACAUUGAGCAUGCAUCGCCUAGUGAACAACUUUCUCUUGCGGGGCUGAAUGGACAUCAGAUUGCUGCAACAGCACUAAGUCUGCUUGGCCGCACCCGUGAAGCCCUCCUUCUGAUGUGCUAG